UACUCUUCUGUCUAUAUAUGGUAUUAUCAAGGGCGUAUACAGUAUUAUAAUUAUACUCACUACUUUUAUAGCUCGUUUAUAGCUAGAACCUUCACUAGAAGUAUUGUAUACCUGUACUGAGCUGUAGCUGCAUAAACAUCUAUUAGCCAAUGUGAUGAAUUGUUUGCUGUGGAAGUCAGUCACUUUCCUGAGCCUGGUUUGGGCUGUUAGAGGACAAAGUCAAGUUAAUGGAGACCUGAGGCUGGUAGGCAACUCAGGCCUAACAGGAGUCUCCUCUGGCAGACUGGAGGUCUAUUACAGUGGACAAUGGGGGACCGUGUGUGACGACAGCUUUGGUUCAAAUGAUGCAAGAGUGGCUUGUCGUCAACUAGGGUUCUCAACCUAUACUCAGUAUGGACAAGUUGGAACAUUAGGUUUCUCCCAAGCUUCAUCAACCACUCAGACAUGGCUGGACAAUCUUGGUUGCUUAGGAACUGAGAGCAGACUCAUUAAUUGCCCUGCUAACACUAUCGGAUUUGAAGAUUGCUCCCAUUUUGAAGAUAUUGCCUUGAUCUGUACUGAAAACUCUUCAAGUGGAGACCUGAGGCUGGUAAGUAGCUCAAGCCUAACAGGAGGCAGACUGGAGGUCUAUUACAGUGGACAAUGGGGGACAGUGUGUGAUGACAGCUUUGGCUUAAGUGAUGCAAGAGUGGCUUGUCGUCAACUAGGGUACACAACCUACAAUCGAUACGGAACAGUUGGAACGCUAGGUUUCUCCGAAGCUUCAUCAACCACUCCGAUAUGGCUGGAUGAGCUUGGUUGCUUAGGAACUGAGAGCAAAUUAAUCAACUGUUCUGCUAAUGCUAUCGGAGUUGAAGAUUGCUCCCAUUUUGAAGAUGUGGGCUUGGUCUGUGUUUCGGAUGGAGACCUGAGGCUGGUAGACAGCUUUACUCGAAUAGGAGGCUCCUCUGGCAGACUGGAGGUCUAUUACAGUGGACAAUGGGGGACAGUGUGUGACGACAGCUUCGGUUCAAGUGAUGCAAGAGUGGCUUGUCGUCAACUAGGGUUCUCAACCUCUUCCACUCCACGAUAUGGAACAGUUGGAACGCUAGGAUUCUCCCAAGCAUCAUCAUCCACUCGGACAUGGCUGGACGAGCUUCGUUGCUUAGGAACUGAGAGCAAAUUAAUCAACUGUUCUGCAAACCCUAUCGGAAUUGAAGAUUGCAGCCAUUCAAAUGAUGUGGCCUUGAUCUGUGUUACUACAACACCGACUUCUUCAACACCAUCGACCAGCUUCUCUGGACUCAGCAUUGGACUGGCUGUUCCUGUCUUCAUCAUCAUAGUUGUGGGUGUCGUCUUGUUCUCUGGUUUUGCAAGGAGACGACGUCGUUUGAGACGCCACCCACACAGGAUUCCUGUAGUCAAUAACGCCACAUCGACAGCUGUAGUCGUCACUACGUCAAAUACACAAAAUACAGCCUAUCCUGUGCAGCAACCCAUGGAUCAAAAACCCCACUAUUCCCCACAGGCCCCCCCUCAAAAUAUGCAACCAGCAGCUGCCUACCCGACUGGACAAUAUACUGACCCCCAGUACCAUACAUCCUAUCCUCAGCAACCCCCAGCCCCGUAUCCCACAUCCUACCCUCAACAACCCCCAGCUCCAUAUCCCACGUCCUACCCUCAGCAACCCCCAGCCCCUUAUCCUCCUGGAGAACAACCCGCGUACACUCAGCAAUCCCCAGCCCCUUAUCCUCCUGGAGAACAACCCGCGUACACUCAGCAACCCCCAGCCCCUUAUCCUCCUGGAGAACAACCACCUGCUCAGUACCCCACUGAACAACCUCCUGCUCAGUACCCCACUGGACAACCACCCUCUGCACCGUAUUUGUAUGGCGGAGAAGCCCCUCCAGCAUAUCCGAACUAAGUAUGGGGACUGCCCACUGUGCAAAUAGAAUAGUGAAUUGAAAGUAUCGAACUUUAACACAAAAUUAAUUACCGUGACUGUAUAAUUAUGCUGAUGUCUCAUCUUAUGUUAUUUUUGUAGACACACACGGUACCGUGGUAUAUAAAUUUAAUGCGCAUUAA